AUGUAUGAGAGGAAUGAGUAUCCAAGUGAAUGUGACUUUGAAGAUGAUGCAGAAGCCUUAGUCCACCAACAUAAAUGCCUUGCUGACAAUGGGUCACCAAAAGGGUGGGAGGGAUGGAAGAAUGGCCUUAAGUUUAAAGUAGGCAAAUACAGAACAAAACUAGGCAGAGAAAGGUGUCCUGAGGUCGGUAGAAAAAGUGCCAAAGAAAUCCAGAACCACCACUAAAACACACCGUUUACUGUGGCCCAGUCAACCUCUCACAGCUCCCUCAUUGAAAAGUUGAAGCAGAUCUGGAAAAGCUAAGGACCGAUAUUGCUCUUGAGAUGAAGAAGACACACAAAGACUUGGCUGUAAUCAAUCGCUGUAUGGGAAAGACAUUUGCCCUGAGAAGACAGGAGAUUCUGAACAGCAGUCCUGAACUGUGGAGAAUAGAUGGCCGGCACUAUUUCUAG